GUUUUCCUCAGUCUCGUGUUAUCAUCCCAACGGUAAGCGCUACGCGUGGUUUUGUGUGCUUCUAUUAUCACCUUGAACAAUUCGUUAAUCAUGAUAUGGUUCCUAAACUUUAUCAAGUGUUAGUUUUGCUUAUAACGUUAGAUCAACAAAAUAAAUCAGAAAGUUACAGCUGAUAAUAGUGUGUAUCUGAAACAUAAAUUAUUCGUGAUUUAUCUACACAAGAGAUCGGCCACAUCGCACAUUGCGCGGAAAAACUAAAGGAUGCUGAAUAUCAUGGAGGUCAAGGAGGAUAUGCCAAAAACUGACACCAUACAACUACGGAACAAGUAUAUCGGUAAAUCCUGCCAAUUGUUCUACAAGAGCGAUCCGUUGAAAAUAGUUCGUGGUCAGGGGCAGUACAUGUACGACGAGGAAGGCACGCGGUAUCUCGACUGCAUCAAUAACGUAGCCCAUGUUGGUCAUUGCCAUCCGAAAGUAGUGGAAGCCGGCUCACGUCAGCUCGCUACUCUUUCGACAAACAAUCGCUUUUUGCACGAUGAACUCGUCAAGUGUGCCCAAACAUUGGCCACCAAAAUGCCUGGGAAUCUCUCGGUGUGUUACUUCGUUAAUUCUGGAUCCGAAGCAAACGAUUUGGCAUUGCGUCUGGCGCGACAGCACACCAAACGGCAAGAGGUCAUUACGCUGGAUCAUGCUUACCACGGUCAUGUGUCCGCGGUUAUGGACAUUUCUCCGUACAAAUUUAAUCAGUCCGGUGGAGAUCCGAAACCGGACUUUGUCCACGUAGCAUCCUGUCCUGACAUUUAUCGUGGCAAAUACAAGGACUGUGACUACCCAGAAGGUACUGACCUUGGUCAACUUUAUGCCGAUGAAGUUGCUAGGCUUGUUGAACGUAGCCAGAAUGGAAUCGCUGCUUUUGUAGCGGAAUCUCUGCAGAGUUGUGGCGGCCAAAUCAUUCCACCGAAGGAUUACUUCAAAAAAGUGUACAAAAUCGUUCGCGAUGCUGGCGGUGUAACAAUAGCCGAUGAGGUGCAGGUCGGAUUCGGACGUGUUGGAACACAUUAUUGGGCGUUUGAGCUACAAGAUGUCAUUCCAGAUAUUGUGACAGUGGCUAAACCAAUGGGCAAUGGGCAUCCGGUAGGGGCUGUUGUCACUACACCAGAAAUUGCAGAAAGCUUCGCUUCUACUGGUAUAUGCUAUUUCAAUACUUACGGUGGUAAUCCGGUAUCCUGUGCGAUUGCAAACGCCGUAAUGCAAGUUAUCGACGAGGAAAAACUUCAGGAAAGUGCUAUGCAUGUUGGAAACUACAUCUUAGAACAAUGUGGAACUUUGCGAUAUGAGUACGAUUGCGUUGGCGAUGUCCGAGGAGCGGGUCUAUUCGUUGGAAUCGAACUGGUUACAGAUCGGAAGGCUCGAGUUCCAGCCACGAAGAGGGCCAAAAUGGUGGUUGAUAGGAUGAAGAACGUGCACAAAAUUCUCGUAAGCAGUGACGGUCCGGAUGAUAAUGUGAUUAAGCUCAAGCCCCCUAUGGUAUUCAACGCCGCAAAUGCUGAUGAGUUCUUAUGUGCGUUCCGUGAAUGUUUAACUCAUUUUGGAAAUCUCGAACAGGUGCAGGCGAACGGUGAUGUGUGCUCCGUUGCUCUGUUAUCGGAGUCUACAGCGUCUGCGGCGUCUGGUUUGUGUAAUUUGACGAAAGCUACCAUAAACGAAAAGCGCGAUAAUCUCAUAAAAUCUGCUUAAAAUGAAACUCAGCUGUCGAACGGUUUAUAGUAAUCAAUUUAAAAAUAUAUACUUAUUUGUUUUAAAAAUAGGCAAGCCAAACAAUUCAUGUUAGCAUAAAGCUUUUUUGUAUCCCAUAGGCAAUUUAUUGUUUACUGUAUUGAUAACUAAAUAAACAUAUCGAUAAACAAACACGA